AUGGUCGCUAGAAUUCUUCAUGUUUUUCAUGCUUGUUCUGGGUUGAGAAUAAACUUACGUAAAUCGAACCUUUUUGGGGUGGGUGUUGAAGAUGUGGAGUUAGCAAGCAUGGCGGAAAUUGUGGGUUGUGUUAAAGGGGGUUUUCCGUUUAAGUAUUUAGGCAUCCCUUUAGGUGCCAACAUGAAUCGAGUCAGUAAUUGGGAUCCUAUUAUUUCGAUUUUCCGGAAUCGACUUUCUAAUUGGAAAGCUCGUUUUCUCUCCAUUGGAGGUCGAGUUGUUUUAAUCAAGUCGGUUCUCGAAAGCUUGCCCAUCUAUUUCUUCUCCAUUUUCAAGGUUCCGGUCAAAGUGGUCGUGAGGCUUGAAUCGCUCAUGAAAAACUUUCUUUGGGGUGGCUCGGACGAAGUUAGGAAAACAAACUGGGUUGCUUGGGAUUAUGUCACGCGGUCGAUCAAAUUUGGCGGUCUCGGGAUUAGUAAGCUCAAAACAGUGAAUGACGCUCUUUUGGUUAAAUGGCUGUGGAGAUUUAGGCAGGAAGAGGAGAGUCUAUGGAGGAAAGUUAUCAUGGCUUGCCAUGGCAAUUCUAGGAGAUGGUCGUUCUUUCCGUGUAAUUCUUCUUUAACUGGGAUGCCUCCUCGUCGUCCGCCACGUAGGAAUACUCAUACUAACCAUGAACGUAGCAACAGUUCUUCGAAUGAGACUCCAGUUGAUCCAAACAUAAUUAAUGUUAUCAACCAGGUUGUUGCUGGGUUGCUUCCAAACCUUGUUGCCCAAACAGCUGAGGCCGUUAUUCAACAAACUCGUCAUCCAGAACGCACUAACACUAAUCCAACCUCUGGUGGUGAAACUCGUGAGAAUACCACUAACAAUAUUACUUAUAGUAUAGACAUAUGGAUUAGUAAAUUCCAAAAACAAAAGCCGAAAUCCUUUAGUCACGCUACUAAUCCAGUCGAAGCAAGAAACUGGAUAGCUCAUGUUGAAAAAAAUCUUCGGAGUUCUUGGAGUUCCGGAGCAAUACAAAGUUAG